CCACCCACCACGUUAUGGAGAAAAGAGAACGAAGAAGCUUCCAUGUCCUCCAUACGGGCACCGGGAACGGGAGAGUCAUGUGUCGUCAUGUGCCGUCCGCCCUGCCGAUCCCGAUGGACUGACUCAUCCCGCUAUCGGCACGUGAGGGGGGAAUUCAACCCAAGGCAUCAAUCCAUGGCAUUGCAAGACCACUGGCACUGUUGCCAGGACCUUGAUCAUCCGUGGGUUGGGUCGCAGCGCGUCAUCUGAGUGGCUUGCCUACUGUUUGCAUAACGCGAAGCUGUCACGGAGCUUCCUCGGACAUUCCUCGCCCCACUGCGCUCUGCCAAAGACCCCUCCACCCCAGCACCGCGUCGCGGGGCUUUCUUGAGUGAUUGAUCGAGUAAUCGCAGUGAGCAGGGGUGAUUUUGCCUUUCUCAGGGCUCACCGACCUCACCUGUCGUCAUGCCACCUUCUGCCCCCGUGCCCGCGACGGGAUUCCAGGCCCUCAUCCUGUGUGGCCCUGGUGUCUCUCUCAAUACCUUCACGUCGAACCCCGAGGAGUACCCAAAGAGCCUCGUUCCGGUCGCCAAUCGGCCCAUGGUAUUCUACCCAAUCGACUUUUGCAAGCGCUCAGGAAUCACUGAUAUCACCCUGAUCACACCUCCGUCCUCCCUCGCUCCACUGCAGGCCGCCCUCAAGCAAAACCCGCAUCUCACAUCGCUCCCCCCACCCUCGGUAUCAGUAGUGGCCCCGAAGGAUCUCGAGAUGACCAUGGGAACUGCCGAGCUGCUCCGUCUGCCCGAGGUCCAGGACUGCAUUCGAACCGAUUUCCUCCUUCUUCCCUGCGACAUCAUCUGUGAAGUUCCUGGCGAAUCUAUUCUUGAGGCGUGGAUGGUCACCCAGAGCGCUCUAGGAGGUAAUAAUUCGGGUCCGGGUGGUGAGCAAGGGGGUCGUCGCGGCGGGCUUGCCGUUUAUUACCAGACACAAGGCCGAGAGGAGAGCGUUAAAGGUGAAGCCACAGACUUUGUGGCCAUCGCCCCGCUCGAACAGGAUGAGGCGCCGGCAGUAUCACACCUAGUGGAUGGGCCAGAGGCCCUGCGGUUUGGCCUGUCCAAACUGGUCAUGUCAAUGCCCAUGGAUACAGUGAAGGAGAAAAUGGCGAAGGACAAAGGCUUUCUCAUUCGCCAUUCAUUAGUCGAUAAACAUGCCCAGGUCAAGAUGUUGACCAGCUACCGGGAUGCACAUCUCUACGUCUUCCCGUACUGGGUGAAGGAUCUGGCGCGCCACCAGGAGAAGCUCGAGUCAGUAAGUGAGGAUCUCAUUGGCUACUGGGCCAAGGCAGGAUGGCAGAAAGGCCUAGGAGACAAGUUAGGAAUGAAUAAAAUCUUUCAGGAUCAAAGCGAACAUGACAAUCGGAGUCAUGAUGGUGAAUUACUCGACGAAGAGGUUGAUCUCCAGCAUAUAAGCUCCACGAAGACUGGUACGCAGACUUCGAAGUCCAGCGAACAUCCCCAAAUACUUGCCUAUGUGCAACGAGGGUCGACCCCGGUUAUCAGACGGGUUGACAGCUCCGCAAUCCUUCUGUCAACUUCCCUUCGGUUGGCCAAGCUAGAGUCAAUUGAAGAGGUUGGCCGUCAGGCAGCAUCGCCUUUCUCGCAUAACCAGAAGAUCGCCUAUCCCGAGGGGGUGGCUCAGCGCUGCACUGUUACCAAGAGUGACUGCCUCCUCGCUGAAAAUGUCACCGUGGAGCCGACCUGUGUUAUCAAAGAGAGUGUUAUCGGACCCAACUGCCAUAUUUCCAGCGGCGCACGGCUCACUCGCUGUGUGUUGAUGGAAGGGGCUGUCGUUGAGUCUAGGGCUCAGUUAACGGGCUGUCUGAUUGGUCGGCGGGCCAGAAUUGGCCGCGAAUCCGUGCUGAAGGAUUGUGAAGUGCAGGAUGCCAAUGUCGUCCCGGAGGAAACAGAUGCGAAGAACGAGAAAUUCAUGGUCUUCGAGGGUCUGGAGGACGAAGGCGACGAUGACAUGGAUGAUAUGGAUGAGCUUGACGACUAGAUCCGCUGAUGAUAGAUUUGAUCUCUAUAUAUUUCACAUACCCCUGCUAUAUCUUGAUGAUGAGAUGGAUUAAAUGACAUGGUGGACUCAUUGGUCCAGCCUUUUCAUGACGUUGGACUGGCAAUGAAGGUUUUCUAUGACUCCUUCCAUUGCCUUGUAGACAACCAAACGAUGUUUGCAGCUGACCCAAGGGCAAGAUAUCAUAACCCAAACAAAUGCCCAACGUCAAAUUGCAACCGAGGACCGGCGGCGGAACUUUCAGUUUGGCUACAAAAAGAAUCAUCAGAAUAUCGUACAGAGACGCCUUGAGAGCUGGACCAGUCGAGC